AGUUAUCAGUCUCGGUGUUUCAUUUGAAUAUAAUUCUCGUACUGACGACUGUUUGUUUCUGGUUCCAAAUGGCAACCAUCGCUGACUUGAAAAAACAAGAAAAAGAGAGAAAGAGGAAAGAAAAGCAGAAGAAAGAUAAACAGAAGAAAGUGAAAAUAUUACUCUCAAAACCUGCUGAAAAUAGGGAAGUAUUGGACUCGGGAAAUUCCAAAGAGCUUGAAAAUCUUCUUGAAAGUCUGCUGAGGCCUGCAAAAUUGGAGACUUUCAAAUAUUCCUGGUCUGAACUGAAGAAAAUACCAAAAGAUAAAAGACGGGAGAGCAGAAAAAGAUUGAUGAUUGGUCUUGAUAAAGAAGAGUAUAUGAAGGCGAAAAGGAUACGAGACAACUUUGUAUUUGGUACUAACAGCAUUAUUAGAAGUUUAGAAAGAGGGAAAAUUCUAUGUGGAAUAGUGUCUCCAGAUUUUGAUCCUGCAAUGGUUACGGAUCACAUUAUUUCAGUCUCAAAACAAAAAGGAAUUCCAGUGGUUCUUCUCCCUGAGCUAAAUUCUAUUUGUAAACGUUGUCUAGGGUUCCCCGCUAAAGCCCUAGGAUUAAAGAGAACCGAUUCAAUAAUAAGCGACGAUGGUUACAAAAAUUUAAAAAAUCAAAUUCUGGCUUUAAGUGAUCUCCCUGAUGAAGACUUGAAGCGAAUUAAUUCUUCCAAGUCACCUCCUUCUCACUCCAAAUCAAAGUUGCGACAUCCAAAACCCAUCACACCCACUCCAAGAGACCUAAUUCUAAAAAGGCCAAACAAAAGCAGUAGAUGUUUUGUGCCAGGAGGCUCCUUAGUAGAAGUCAGCAUGGGUAAUUCAGAUUUCAUUUCAUUUGGAACUUCCACAGCAAGUAAAGUCCUCUUACCGACAUCUAAGACUACUUGCUCAGAAACAGAUGAUGAUAGCGAUUCUGAUUCUGAUUCUUAUGUUGAAGCACCACCCACAAAACUGAAACCAUACAGACCCAUGUUCCAGACUUUGAAACUUAAAAAAAUAAAAUCCAAAAGUUAAUUAAUGUACACUUCUGAAUGAAACCUAAAUGAAUAUGCUCUGCUGUGAUCGAACCCUUGCAGGAUUGCAAAUAUGUACCUGAUGGUCUUCAAAAGAGACUUGGUUACUUUAUAUGCUUGAAUUAGAAUCUCGAAAGUUCAGGCAAUUUUUCUAAUAAUCUCAAGCCAUAAUUUCCUAAGGUCAUUUACAGGAUUUAAAUUACUUAAAUAAAGUUUGUCACAGUUUGUAUUUAUGUCUUAGCGGUAAUGCAGAUUUGACCUUAAAAUAAUGAAAACUCAUUGAUUUAAAAAAAUAAAUGAAAUAAUUUAUUGAAAUUUACAGUCAACAACAGGAUAAUGAAUAUAAAAAAUUCAAACCUCCUUACAAUAAUUUUUUCCUCAAUCACAAUAAAGCACACUUAGACCUAAAAAUAGUUAUGUCUUUGGUCCCAGCAUAGUCAUUAAAAUUAAAUGUAUGAAACUGUAAUGAGUUUCAUAAACUUCGAUCAGUACAUUAGGUACUUUUGACUCCAUAGUAUCCCUGUAACUGAACUGAAACUAGAUGCGAUUGUCAUUAUUCAGUAGAGGAAAGAAUCUAACUGAAGUACACUUUUCACGACUUCAUUCAUUCUUGUGGGUAAAAAAAAAAAAAAAAAAAAAAAAAAAAAAAAAAAAAAAAAAAAAAACAGGGGGAAAAAACCCAUAGAAAAAAAAACAGAAAUUGAACAAAUGAAUAAAGGUUAUGAUAUCACUUAGAUUACAGCGAUUAUUUGGUGUCUGUGUAAUUUGCAUGGAAAGUCAACACAAAAAAGCAGAAGAGCUGCUUCCUAUGGGAAGAUCCAACUUUUUUGAUCCUUCAAAUAAAUACUGAACGGGAAAGGAAUUGGCAUUAUCAGAAUUGUAUCAUCAGAAAGGAUUAAUCUGAUAUUUCUCUUCAUCUGUCAAAACUGUGUUUUUGGUCUCGUCUUUCAUCUGUACAUUUUUCUCAAAUUAUUUCAGUGAUCAAGCAUGAUUUACAAAUUCUAAUCCACUGAUUAAGAUUUUCCUUCUUUUUUUUUCACAACAAUUAGGAGCAAUUAUAUUUCAAUGAUCGAGCAUGAUGUACAAAUCCACUGAUUGAUAUUUCACUUCUUUUUUUAAUACAAGGCAGAACAAGUUUGAAACUGUUAUUUCUUUUGAAAUGUCUAUGCCAAGACUAGAAGUGAGUAACGAUGAAAAUGACAAGUAAGUUACUUCUGAAGUAACAUAUUAAAUGAGGGAUACAACGGAGACAAAGAAUUUGAUUAGCUAAGUAAGAGAAACAUUAUCAAUACUAGUAUUAUCAGCGUAAGAGAAAUGUAGUUGCUCUAAAACAGAAGGAGCAAGUUUCCUUUACCAGACAUUUCUAUCGCACUAGUCUCAUUCUAUUCAGAAAUAUAUAUAUAAGUCACAGUUUAAUUUAAAGCUGAGAUAAUUUUAAUCUGGUGGCAAAUCAUACAUUAUCCACUUUCUCAUCAAAGUUUCAUGGUAAGAUGAUUUUUUUUUUAAAAAAAAGUCUAUCGACGUGUAAGAAAUUACUUAACACUUGUGUAAUUCUUAGAGUUCAAUUUCUGUCUUUCCCUUAUUAUUUCAAAUAAUAAGACAGAACUCACAGAAUUAGAAGGCUUGGCUUAAACAAACCCUAUAUGUAAUUGUACGAAGACGUUUUUACAACAUGAAAUAUUAGGGCUUUAGUUUACAAAUUUGAUUGUCUUGAAUCAUGUUUUUUCCUUCAUUUUUUCAAGUAAAGUACUGGAAGUAAUUAAAAAAGGAACUAAAAGUUCUUGCUUUUAACUAAUUUAUGAUUUGUACCUGUUUAUAGGGUCUUGCCUCAAGAGGGGCGUCAAUUUUUUGAUAAUCAGGUAAAACAUUAUGAUUUCUGGAGUUAAUAACUUUUUUAAUCCCAAAAUGUUGUAAACUAUAUUUUUCAUACCUAAUUAAUGUUAGUAUUUCUUUUGAAGAUUUUCACUCUAAAGAAUCACUCGGUGACAGUUGAUAGAUGAUUAGCUACUUUGUAAAAAGACUCAAGUGGUCACGUGAAAACAAUAUUCAAGACUUACAAAAUGUAUAAGAUACAUGUCCAGCACAAGGGUCGAGCAAAACAUCCAUCAGCUCACAGAGCUGGAAUGUAAAAUAGGUUGAAAAUAUACAUCAUAUCAGAUGACAAUAGCACAGAAAAAGUACAUAGGGAAGAUAAAUAGUAAAUUUUAAAGGUUCUGACAAUGUCAGUUGUAUGGUAAGUUUUAUUGGAAGAAAUUUUCCCGCUUUGACUGGGUUUCACAGUUCAAAUAAAAUGAGUAAAAAAAAACCUCCAUUACUUUUUAUACUGCGAUUAAAUCAUGACGUAACUGGACACCAUAGGAGGCCAAAGAUUGCUGUUUGUGGUUAUAUCAUGAUGAAAUUAAUAUUUAAGUAUCUGAAUAAGGCUUGGUACAGUCCCUAAAGUCUGUUGCUCUUUGAUGUAAUUAUUUCCGCAUUUUUAGUGUGGUCCAACUGGUAUGCAAUGUAACGCAAAGAUUAAAUAAAAAAUCUUAGCGGGUUUUAAUUAUUUAGCCAAAGAGAGGACAAUAGCCCCUGCAUAUGAAAUUAAAGAAUCAGUCUAAGUCAUAUAAAAUACAGAGAGCUGAAAGCAGGAUUCUCCUUAGAAAAAAAUGUUUGUAUUUCAUCGAUAACUGUAACAAAAGUGUUGAUUCUUAUGGCUCCUCCGCAAGGACUAGUGUCCUUUUAUGACUUAAGAGUUAAAAUCUGCCAAGAUUAUUGAGUUAAUCGGUGCGAUACAUAGCACAUCAGUGUAGCCUUGCCAAGAGCCCGCAACGAAUCACUUCGACUCAAGUUUUUGGGCAUGAAAUGACCGAGUAAAUUGUUAAAAAGAAUCAGUCAAGAUCCUCUCACAUUUUAAAUACACAGACAGCUACAUCUGGUAUAUGAGCGGGUAAAAUUUGUUUGAAUUAGUUACUAGAGAGGUUUGAAUACGAACAUACUUAAAAUGAUAUGUACAUAUGCGAACGAUAAACGACAAAAAUAAAUAUAUGGAAACCUAUAUAAUAGGUACUCUUUACGCAAAAAAAAUUGCAAUUUUGUAUAAUUCAACAUGCUUAUUAACAAUUAAAAUGUCAAUAAUUUCAAACAAUAUCACAAUGAUCAAAUAUUUAUCAAUAUUGUGAGCAUUUCAAUCGCUCAAAUUACUAAUAUCGAUUUGGUGCUUUGAAAUAAAAAAAAAAACCACCACUCACUUUUGAUUUUUGAACUUGAUGAGAGAAUAAAAUUGCUGAGUAUGAGAUUUCAUUUUUUGUCAUUGAAAUUGAUUAUCUGUUAAAAAAUGCUUCAAUAGUGAAGCUUUAGCAGGUUGCACUAUUAUCCUGCACUUCAAAUGAAGCAAAUGGAAAUCUAACAAAAAUAAAUGAACAACAAAACUCAUACAUGUACACUCACUAAACGAAAUUAAUUUCCACGAAAAAUAAGGAAUGGAGUUUUUUCUUUUCAUUCAAAGCCCAAAAUCUUUUUUGCUUUUACUUCUCCAUUAUGAUUUGAUACAAACCAAUCUAAAGAGUUAUCAUUUCUCUGUUGUAUACUCUGACAAAAGAAAUGAUGAAUUUAUAUGCUGAAAAAGUUCUCUCUCAUGGUUGUCACACCUAAGUUUAAUAUCAACCGAUGAACAUUUUUCUUACUCCAUGUUUGCGAUGAGUGGCUCACAGCAAAACGCAGUCUAAAGGAGAUUUUACAGCAGUUACAACAAACAGCAACUUGGCUAUUUUAUGUAGCAGUUGCUGUUGUAGAAUUUUUUAGGAGAAUACAGGGUGAUUGGGAUUUUCAUUUGAAACUAAAAUAUUAUAUAGUUUGAUGCAAGUUUCGAAACUUCUAAAUAAGAUUGACAGUGGAAUUUGAAAAAAUGAAUCUCCAGCAAAUUCUAUGAAAUACAUCUGAAUUAUUUAAGUAUGAAGUAAAGAGUCGCUUUUGUAGCUCACUAGGGUGCUCCGUGACACCUGACCGCCUUUUUUCUCUAGUCCAAAGAAAUCGAUACUAAAAACUGGUCAAGAAAAAAGACAAAAUAAUUUUAAGAGUACUCUCAUCAUCAUGCCAUAUUUUGUGAAAUUUAACUGUUCCACACAAAAAUAAAUAAAUAACAUUCAUCU